AUGAUUGUCUUGGAUGAUGUGAAUGCAAUUGCAGUUAUUCAGUUUAUCACCGGCAAAGUCCUGAAUAGCUUGCUGCCGGCCGUGGCCAUUAACCAGCUUCUGAGGAAACUAUUCAGAGCCAGACAAGUUUAUCACUCUAGUUUCACUGAUGAUGAUGGGAUCACAAAAGCCUGUGGGUGUCCUUUGCUUCCACUGAAAACUCAUAUCAAGGGCCCAGCCCCAGCCUCAGAUUCAGAUAAAGCGGAUAUAGUCGAUGAAGCGAUAACUUUCUUCCGAGCAAAUGUUUUCUUCAAAAACUUCCAUGUCAAAAGCCCAGCAGACAAGUUGCUUAUCUAUCUGACAUCUUACAUCAAUAUUGCCUUGAAAAGACUAGAAAGCUGCCGGACACUGGCUGUUGGAACUAAGGCAAUCAUUAACCUGGGGUUGGAAACUGUUCCUGUGCCCGGGGAACCGGGGUUUCCUUUCCCUGGACUUUUCACUCUUCCCGAAUCCCAGGAAGAAGCAGAAUUGUUGAGGAACUAUCUGAAGCAGAUAAGGGAGGAAACAAGCGGGAGGCUGCUCAACUGUGCAUACAGAGCUAAUGGCACUCCAAACAAAUGGUGGUUGGCUUUUGCAAAGAGGAAGUUCAUGAACCUUGUCAUCCUUUAGAGUGUAAUUAAGCAUUUCAGCUACAGGUUAGAUGUGUUUUUGUAUAUCCUUAUUUCACUCGGACAUUUAUUUAUAUGAUGAUGUAAAUAAUCUUUCUUCUGAAGUAUUCAAGUAUAAAAUGCCAAAAACAGUUUCUUGCAAUGUACUGCUGUUAUCGUGGCAUUCGCUGAAUUAAUUCUUC